AUCAUAUCACUAAUACCAAGUGAACACACAUGGACUUGAUUAGAUUAAUCCGCAUGUUACCUCUAUACGCAUUGCAUCAACCGUACCUAGCCUGGAUUGCUCCGGGGAUCCCAUUCUCGAAGGCAUCGCCAUGGAGGGGUCGGUGAAGUGCGACGCCAACUACACGCCCCUCACGCCGCUGAGCUUCCUGGAGCGCGCCGCGCUCGUGUACGGGGCGCGCACGGCCGUCGUAUUCGGCGAGAAGGAGUACUCGUGGCGCGACACGAGGGAGCGGUGCCUCGCCGGGGCGUCCGCGCUCGCGCGCCUCGGCGUCGGCCGCCGGGAUGUGGUGGCGGUGCUGGCCGCGAACACGCCGGCCAUGUACGAGCUGCACUUCAGCGUGCCGAUGACUGGCGGUGUGCUGUGCACGCUCAACACCCGGCACGACGCGGCCAUGGUGUCCGUCCUCCUGAACCACUCGGAGGCCAGAGUCUUCCUCGUCGAGUCGCAGUUCCUCGGCGUCGCACGCGACGCCCUGGCGCUCCUCGCUGACGCCGGAGGCAGCCUGCCUCUCCUCGUCACGAUCGCCGACGGCGACGGCAUCAGUAGCGAUGGCGUGCCGGAGUACGAGGCCCUGCUGAGGAGCGCGCCGCGCGGCUUCGAGAUC